CGGGGAAACCCUUCCAUAUCCGCCGCAGUGCGAGCAUGGUCGGCGGCAAUGCCAAGGCCGGGCUACAGUCCCAACUUUCGACAGCAGCACUCAAGGCAUUAUUGAUUGAUAUAUGAAGGAGAUACUCCGUAGUACUCCGAGACACCCAACAAGAAAAUGUCGAACUCGCUCGAGACCCUCUCCCUCAGCAUAUCAGAUGCAUCAUCGGCAUCAUCGUAUCAGCCAAUCCACUCAUGGCUUGCAGAGGCCAUCCCGCUAUCUCUGUCAUCGUGAAUCACUCGUAAGACUGAUUGGCCCGCAAACCACCGCCAAGGCCUCCAAAGCAGGAAUUGGAAUCAGUGAAUUUGUUCUUCGUCCUUCGGAGGCGGGAGGUCAUGAUGCCAAUCAUGAGGGACACCGGGACAUGUCAAUUCAGCAUGGACAUGCAAGAGGCAGGCAUGAAAGAUUGGGUUCCCUUGUUCCAAGCGAAGCUAAACAUCCUGGGACAACUUCGUUCUCCCACCCAAGCAUCAUCCAAGUCUUGGAGAUUGAUCAUCUUGACAGGGCCAAGAGGGAGCCAGGCUUCUUGGUCUCUGCACCUCCAGGCCACUAUUCCGAGGUAAAUAAUGCUUAAUGUCGCUUAACGAUCCCAGCCAAUCAAGGCGAUGUCAUCCUAUGUACAUUACCCAGCAUAUAGCAGGAUCUUGGGCGUGCAAUACUGCCUUAGGUCGGCUUACUGCUGAGGCUGCAUCGCUAUUAUCGACGAUUCUCGUGUAACCAAACCAGCUAAAUGAUCUACACGCGCCUUCUGGGCCUCAUGAUCUGAUUGAAAGCGACUAAAUAUGCAGCAUCAAACGGCAGCAGUUGCAGCACGCUUUAU